UCGUGCCAUGCGCCUCAGUGUGCACGUCGUGGCAGAUGUUUUACGUCCCCCGGGAGCCGGACCCUGCCCCUGCCUCCUCACACACCCUGGGAGUAUACGUCUCUGUGGUGGGCUGAGGAGGCUCUUGAACCCAUAGUCAGUAGACAAGAGUGGCCCCAGGUCAGUGGAUUCGAGGGGCGCCGUCUGCCAGGACCCCGCUUGCGGGCGCACAUGGGCACGUGGGACUGCGUUCUGCGCGGGCGCUUCCUGAGCAGUGGCAUGUUUUCCCGUGAGUGGAAUCUUUAUUUCCCGGGGCCACACGCUGAACUGCUGCCCUUUCCAUUCCGUGUGUUUAUUUUUGCCCUCAGCUUCCUGCACCUACAGCGACUGCAGCGCGUUGUCGCGAGCCUGCCCCCGGGGCCGGCUCUGGGGAGGCUGCUCCAGCUCGACGGGGCCCUCCGGAAGGUGCUAGCCCGGACCUCAUACUUUGUCCAAGAAGUCCUCGUUCGCCUGGAGACGUCUGCUAACGGCUCCAAUCCGAGUGGAGCCGGCCAGUGGAAGCUGGAGAAGGCUGUGCUUUUUGGGCAGUUAGAGCAGUUGCUGAUGAAGAACGCUACUGGGCUGUGCCUAAGCGGUCACUUGUCGGAGGUGGGAACUCUCCUGCGUCCUGGGCACCCCCGCGUCCAGGAGGGCCUCGAGGGCCUUGAGGGCCUGGUGUGUGGUCACAACUCCUCCCGUGAGGCCAGCGCUCUGCACAAGCUCCUUGAGUCAGUAGAAGAUGCUAAUCACCUACUGCAAGAGGUUGUUACUGGGCGCACAAAUACGACAGUUUUGGAACCUGAGGACUCUCCGGGCUGGCAGGAUCUGGACACACAGCUCUUGGCAGCGAGCCUUCCCUGCUCUCGGCUCUUGCGGCUUCUGGGAGCUGAGGUCUCCCAAGGGGACUGCAAGGACCAGCUUAUGUCCGUAGUGCUAUUUCAUACACUAAAGAAAGUACAGCUUUUCCUGGAACAGACACCCUCCUGGAAAGCCUUCCUAGGAUUUGUCAGGAAGACGUGUGAACUGGCUCGAUUUGUUAACAAGCAGGAGAGUUUCCAGGACGGUUUGCUUGCUUUCUCUGAGGAAUCUCCUUGUUAUGAAGAAAACAUGGAUUGGAAAAUCAUCAGUGACCAUUACUUUGCAUUUUUGAAUAACUUACUCAAAACUCCAAAAACUUCCCUAUCCAGGCUCUUAAAUUUCACCAAGGAACUUCUAACGGUGGAAGAGAAGUUGCAGCCCCUUGAGGAUGAGCAGAUAAACCUUCUUCUAUCUUUCAUAGAAUUUUUGGAGAAAUUAUUAGUGCCUAAUCCUUUUGACUCAUCCGGUGUUCCCAAAUUCCGUACCCUCCCGUCUCUCCCUGAGACUCUUCUAAAUAUAAGUUACCUGUGGAUAGAUCAUUUAACACACUUAGAGAGAGAUACAGCUGGUGUUGAUACUCAGAAACUUUUGGAAUCUGGCAAAGAGAUGAUUGAAAAAGUACAAACUCUUGAAAACCUCUGGAGAAAGAAGGAAUCGAGGAAUAGCUUGAGAUUUCUGGAAUUACUACUUUAUGAAAUGCAUCCCAAGUUACUAGAAUUGUGGAUAUAUGACAUUUCAGCAAGAGAAAGAGCUAAAUUGGAAGUCUUGUCUACGCUUUUAAAUUUUUCUGAUCCAGAAGAUGAGAGGAUUCUUAGCAAAAGCUUUAACUUUUCCCAGUUAUUCCAUUCAGAUGGGCGUCAAUCGCCAGCCAGGAAAAUGGAUUUUGUUCACUUAAGUGAAAUUGUAAUAAACAGUCUCUGUGAACUUGGACUUCUGAGGCAGGAACAGGUCUCAGACGCUGUGGGCACAGUCCAUUCUCUGAGGAACGCGUCUAAACUUUUCUCAGCCCUUUCUGAACCUCAAAAAAAAGACAUUGAUAAAAUUCUGACACGUGUAUAUCUACACGUCUUCCAGGACAAGGACUCAGCUUUAUUUCUGCAGAUUUACUCUUCAUUUUACCAAUACAUCUAUACAUUUUUGAGCAUUCAUAGUAGAGAGUCCUUGCUCCCUUUCCUCACACAAAUCUCAGAACACAUUUUGGAUAUCACAAGGCGAUUUAAUUUCCAGAACAUCAGUAAGGCAUUUGCACUUUUUUAUGAGACAACAGGGGUUCUUGGGGGAAUUUCUCAAGUGUCUUACUGUCAGCAGCUGCUUUCAGUUUUUAACUUUUUGGAGCUUCAAGCCCAAUCCCUGCUGUCUAAAGAGGCCCCAGAAAUGCAAGUGAUCCAUGCUACUCUGACAGACCUCAAACAGCUCUUCGUGACGGAUGCAGAUUUUCGUAAUUCUGUAUUUCAGUAUGUGAGCCAGCUCCUCAAUGGCUCAGGAGAAGCCCUGCUGGGUAAUGAAUGCUUCGUUUUGAAUAACGAAAGCCUUCCUUCUGUGAAUUACUCCGUAGAGAAGGGGUCUGCUUCUGGUCUUCCCUGGGCACAGAUCCUUUCCAACCUCACCGCAGAGGGCAGCGCAUUCCCUCAGUUUACUGCGCUUCACUGCACCGUCUCAUGGCUGCAAAUGUGGACUGAAAUCUGCCGAAGCGCAUCGCAGGUAUUUAGGUUGAACCUGGGUGUUUUCACUUCGCUUCAUCUUGGUCUCACUCAGCUUUUGGAUGAACUGGAAAGUGCUGUGCCUGUUCCCCAAACCUGCCACGGACUAUUUCCAACCCAUCACCCUGCUGGACUCAUCUUACACUUCUUUAGAAAUGUGACUCAAGCUGAUGGCUUUCACAGUUGGGAUGAUUUUCUAAAUCUCAGGGAUCUCUGGGUAGCAUUAAGUGAUGGAUUAGUUAGAGUAAAGUUGCUCAACCUGGACCAUGUAGAGAAAUCCCUUCUCACCAUGGAAACCGCCUUGGGUCAGCUGAAGUCAUUUCCUUUACGCACAAACGGGAGCAGAGAGUUUUUAUCUUCUCUCCUGGACGUUUUUAUUGAGUUAAGCAAUACCUCAGACUAUAUAGAUAGAAAUGUACCUUUGAGGAAUCACUUUCUUUCCAAGGGCCUUACAGAUUAUGAAGUGAGGUUUGCAGAUGUCCUUGCCGACCUCAGAGAAACAGUAUCAUUUCUUAAAAAUGUGUCCCAUGACCAGGAUGUAUUGUCCUGUGCUGACGUUUUCCGAAAUGUUACCGAGUUUCUUUUGGAAGGCGGCUUCUUCUAUGCCAAUACCUCACAGAGGACAUUUCACAUUCUGGCCAUGUUAAAUUCCACAUUUUCUUCUGCAGACACAGUUAGCAGGCUGAAAGGAUGCAGCCGGUGCAUAGACAUCAUCACCCAUCUGUGUAGGAUGUUGUCCAACUCCAGUUUUUCACAAGGCCGCCUUCAGGGUGUCGUGGGGCAUUUCAGAGAUGCGGAGGACAAAAUGAACUCGGCUUUGAAGCUUGUGACUUGGAUGUGGAAUGUAAUGAUGGAGCCUGAUUGUUCACGGAAUACAUCGAAUAUGAAUUGUGUGAAUAUUUACUUAAAAAACAUGACUGACUUUCUCAAUGUUAUACUUACUGCAGUCUUGGAAAAAGAAGAGGUACCAAAAUUUGAGAUUUUAUUAACCGUUUUAAAUGAUUCCACAAACCAAGUAAGGCUGAUUAUCAGCAACGUAACAAGAGACUUUGAUGCUGCACCUCAGUCCAACUGGAAACAUUUUACUGAAUUAAUUCUAAAACCCACAGAAAUGUCAGCUGAAAUGCCUCUUCUGUUUCAAAAUAUUUGGCUGCAUUUAGUAGCUCUGGGGAAGAAAAUUCAAACACUCGCGAAAGCGAGUUCCCCUCCCACCCUGAAAAAUAACACCUCUUCUGAAACUGAAAAGAUUUUAAAUGCAUUUGCGACCAGUCCAAAGGAAAAGGAAAUACAUGGGUUAGGCGAUUCGUUUGAUCAGUUAGCUAGUUACCUUGCCUUCAAUUUAUCUCAUGAUCCUCAAAGUUCUCCCCAAAUAACUUCACCGGAAAUAAUAACAAAAGCUGUGGGUCUCAGUAUUCAACUGAUGAGGGAUGCAUUCAAUUUCCUAAGGCCCUCAGUUGAUCACAAUAUCCCACAAGAGCCCGGGAAGUUGCAAGUUUUGAAGACAGUAACUUCUCUGAUGCACACUCUCAAGAAUGCAGACAUACACCUGCUAGCAGAGCAGCUUGGACAGGUUGGGGAAGGCCUGAUGGAUUUCUUUAGGAAUAUCAGCAGGCUAGGAUCCGGCACUUUGGGGGUCAGCUUCUUCGUUGACUUGAUGGAAAAAUUUGUCGACAGCUCCCAUGCUUGGAAUGUCAACCAUCUGCUGAGGCUCUCACGCCUGCUCCCCAGAGGUGACGUUGACGCCGUGGUAGAUCUGUAUUACCUGCUUCCUCGUGCCGUGGGGCUCCUGCAGAGAGUGGUCGGCAAGAACGUCACGGAAGCCCUCAAGGAUGCCUAUAACUUCACGCUCCUUCAUGGCAGAAGCCUUUCAGAUGUCACCAAGGAAGACUUUGCCAUUGUGAUAAAAACUCUUUUGGACACGACUGAAUUAAUAUCAGAUAAUCCGGAAAUUCUUCCAGAGGCCUUAACUUGUCUUCCUGUGUUUUGGUGCUGGAAUCGCACGGCUUCUGGAUUGCAGCAGCAUCCUAAGUCAGAGGCCUGUAAUGCCCAUGAGCUCACGUCUCUUUUUUACAGCAAAGUGGCCAGGAUCCUUGCCCACCUCCACCUGUCUCCCCUCAGUGAAGAUUCACCAUGUUUAAAUGAAACGUCACAGAGGGAGCUAAGUAGGAAAGUGGCCUGUGUCGUUCAUGAAUUAAUGGACUGGACGUCCAUUCUUCUAGAGCUGUCUGAAGCCCUCCAUGUCAAGACUUCCCUUGUGGAAACUGUGCAAGGAUUUUGGUAUAAGACAUUACCAUUCGUCCUGUCUUCUGGAAAUCAAAGCCAUGGUAGCAUCUCUGAACUUUGUCCUGGUGGUCCCAUUAAGCAAGUUGCUUUGCAAGUCAUAGGAAAAUUAAAAAAUGUCGACUUAACAAAAGUCACAUCAGAUGAAAACCUUCUUGAUAAACUAGCUAGUUUAAACAAGACCCUUAAUGUUACUGAAGGGGCAGAAGCAUCUGUUCGAAAUACUAGUUCCUUAAAUCUGGGGAGAAUAAUCGACUUGCUGUCUAGGGAUGAGAACCUAGAAAAUAGGACUAAUUCCGUAGUCUCCCCGUUUAUGACCCUUCUGAAUGCAAACCUUACAGGCCGCAGUUUGGAAGCACUAUCAAGUCUUAUUAGAGAGACUGGAGCAACUGACAACUUUGAGGCACUCUGGCUUGAGCUUGAGCAAAUCAUGACAGAUCUAACCCAUGACUUUAGGAUCAGAUCCCUGUUUUCUGAGAUUAACAAAGAAAUGCAAAUGAUUAACUCAGUGACUCUUCAAAACAUCACUCUGCAACUUGCCCCUUUUUUGGAACGCCUGGAUUCAUCAUCAUUGAAGAUAUUAGAAAUUAUUGAAGAUUUUUUAUUGGCCAUAAAAAACUGGUUUCAUAAAUAUGCAAACAAAGAUGACUCCAAAAUGGUACAAACAUUUCUUCUUACAGCUAACCAGAGUUUACCUGAUGACACAGCUCUGUGGACUAAAAAUAUUGCUGCCUUUUUGAGUCACCUCGAAAACAUUUCUAGAGAAGAUAAUUUUGAUGUUGCCCUUCUUACUCAUCUGCUACACCAAGAGCAGCUAACUAAUUUCUCAGUUGUUCAGCUGCUUUUGGAAAGCUCCCUAAUUAAUUCAAUCAAUAACUUAGCUGAGAGCUCUCAAGAAGCAGUCUUGAAUGUAAGUGAUGCUGACCUUCAAAUAAUGAAUUUCAUUAACCUCCCCUUGAACCAUACUCAGUCGGAAGAUGGUGAGAGAACCCCUCUCCCUCCAAGAAGCCUAGUGGAUUUCAUGGAACAGCUUUGGAAAACAUUCUUCUCCUUUUUAGUCAAGGCACAUUCUGGAAACAGAAUAUCUCUCCUGCUAAAAGACCUCCGCAGAAACAUCACUGCAGAGAUAAGCGCUGUGGAGGCGUGUUGGAUUUUCCAGCAGCCUCUGAAGCCCCUGGGAGCCUCGGUGACUCUGCAGAAAGUGAAGUUGCUGGUCCUGCGUCUGCUUGUCAUCUUCGCAGAAAACCCUCCCCUGGCCACGGACAUCCUGUGUGCCACUCUGAGCUGCCAGCAAGGCCGGAUAAGGAGCCUGGUUUUGUCUGCUCUGCAAGGCGUCAUCUUGGUGCACGACCACUCUCAGGAACUGGAGAAGACGUGGGCCUUUCCGCAUCAGCUCAGUUGUGAAGGCCUCCGCAGGAAUCUUUCCAGCACCUUGGAAAGCUUCCGGAGCAGCUUGGAAAAGGCCCGCGAGCAGGGCUGUGAAUGCGGGCGCCGCCCGGCCCCCGGACCGCAGGGCACACGCAGGUUGGUCCAAAGCCUCGAGAAGACUUUGUUGUCUGGGAAUCCCAUAGUGACUUUUCUUAGCAAUUUCACAGUAACUGAGGACGUCAAGGUGAAGGAUUUGAUGCAGAACGUCGCCAGGUUGACAGAGGAGCUUCGCUCUUCUCUCGGCAUCUCAGCGGAAACCAUCGAUAGCAUUUUAGAAGCAAAUCUUUCCCACUCGAAGGUUCUCCAGAGCGCCCUGACGGUGGCCCUGUCUGGAAGGUGCGACCAGGACAGUCUCCGCCUCCUGCUCGAGCUUCCUGAGGAUGGAAGGUCUGAGUCUGCAACGAAGGAGCUGUGCAGCCUGCCCGGGGCCACAGUGUACUCCCUGGUCGUGCUGAUGGCUCGGCACCUGGACCCGCGGAAUUUCAUUUACAAAACCCUGCUCCCUUCGGAGGCCGGUGGCCUGCUCAGCUCCCUGCUGCGUGUCAUCUCCAGGCUCAGCCGCCUGCUUCCUAAAGCCAGCUAUGUCCUCGGGCACCUUCCCGAGUUCCUUCAGGCACUGAAGGUCACCGCCUUGCUGGACGUGCCUGACUUUGAACAGGCUUCGUACAGCGAUCAGGCCCGAAGCUCAGCCUUUGGUACUUUCCAGUCUUUGAUGAAGAUGGUUUGCAAGGAGCGAGCAUCUUUCUUUAGCCACUCGGACACGUUUAUGAACUUGCCUCGAGUUAAUGAACUCUUAGAAGACGACAAAGAAAAAUUCAACAUUCCUGAAGAUUCAACACCGUUUUGCUUGAAGCUCUAUCAGGAAAUUCUACGUUCUCCAAAUGGUGCUUUGGUGUGGUCCUUCCUAAAGCCUGUAUUACAUGGGAAAAUACUGUACACACCAAACACUCAGGACAUAAAUAAGGUCAUUCAAAAGGCAAAUUACACUUUUGAUUUUGUGGACAAGCUGAAGACUUUAUCAGAAACACUGCUGAACAUGUCCAGCAAUUUUCAGAGCAGUGGAACCAGCCAGAUGCUGAACCAGCUGCAGGAAGCCCUGAAAAACAAAUUUAUAAGAAGAUUUGUAGAAAGCCAGCUGCACGUCAGUAUAGACAAGUUGACUGAAAACCUUCAAAAACUUGGAGGGAAGUUGGGCAGGAUGUUCAGCCACACGAGUGCGGGACGUGUCCGUUCCCUGGGCCGUGUCCUGGUCAACCUCUCGUCCUGCGUGGUGCUCAACCGCUUCCAGGCCCUGGAGUCGGUGGCCACCCUGGAGUCUAAGGCACAGGAGCUCAUGCGAAAGAACAGUUUCCUGGCCAGUGUCAUAUUCAGCAAUUCCUUCGUCGGUAAGAACCUCAGCUCCCAACCGCCGCCGCUGCCGCCGGAGGUCGCAUACACCAUCAGGACCAGUGUCCUGUACAGCAUGAGGACAGACAUGGUGAGAAACCCCUUCUGGAAGUUCCAUCCUCAGAGCCUACCGGCCGAUGGCUUCAAGUACAACUACAUCUUUGUGCCCCUGCAAGACAUGAUCGAAAGAGCCAUCGUCUCGGUGCAGACGGGGCAGGAGGCUCUGGGCCCCGGCACACAGGCCCAGGCCAUCCCCUACCCCUGCCACACCAGCGACCUCUUCCUGAACAACGUCGGCUUCUUUUUCCCCCUGAUAAUGAUGCUGACGUGGGUGGUGUCCGUGGCCAGCACAGUCCGAAAGCUGGUUUACGAGCGGGAGAUCCAGCUGGAAGAGUACAUGAGGGUGAUGGGCGUGGCCCCCGCCGUCCCCUUCCUGGCCUGGCUCCUGGAGAACGUGGCCGUGCUGACCGUGAGCAGUGCCGCCCUGGCCGUCAUCCUGAAGACCAGCGGCAUCUUCAGGUACAGCAACGGCUGCAUCAUUUUCCUCUUCCUCCUGGAUUUCGGGGUGUCCGUCGUCAUGCUGAGCUAUUUCCUGAGUGCGUUUUUCAGCCGAGCGAACACAGCUGCCCUCUGCACCAGCCUGGUGUACACCGUCAGCUUUCUGCCCUACAUAGUUCUGCUGGUUAUGCACAACCAAUUAAGUGCUGUCAUGCAGACGUUUCUGUGCCUCCUCUCCACAACUGCCUUUGGACAAGGAGUGUUUUUUGUUACGUUCCUAGAAGGGCAAGAGGCAGGCAUGCAAUGGGAUAAUAUGUACGAGUCUCCAGAACAAGCAGGCAUGACAUUUGGCUGGGUUUGCUGGAUGAUUCUGUUUGAUUCAGGCCUUUAUUUUGUAUGUGGAUGGUACUUGAGCAACUUGAUUCCUGGAGCUUUCGGUUUAAGGAAGCCGUGGUAUUUCCCCUUCACCUCGUCCUAUUGGAAGGAUGUGUGUGGCUUGGUGGUGAAGAGGCCUUGCAGUCCGGGCCCUAACCUGCUCUUCUUCGGCAAGAACGUGGACGAUAAAGGCUCGUCCCUGCAAAAUGGGGAAGGAAGGCUGGAAGGACCUCCCCCGGGCGUUGCGCUGCUGUCUGUGACCAAGGAGCAUGAGCAUCGCCAGGCGGCCGUCCGGGACCUGACCCUGACCUUCCACAGGGACCAGAUCACCGCGCUGCUGGGGACCAACGGUGCCGGGAAGAGCACGGUCAUAUCCUUGCUGACGGGACUGUACCCUCCCACAUCGGGAACCAUCGUCGUCAACGGCAAGAACCUGCAGACAGAACUGGAGGCCGUCAGAGCGGAUCUGGGCGUGUGCCCCCAGCGGGACGUCCUGUUUGACACCCUCACGGUGCUGGAGCACCUGCUGCUCUUCGCUUCCCUGAAGGGGCCGCAGGGGCCGCAGGAGGAGCUUCGACGGCAGGUGGAUAGAACCCUCCGGGACGUGGGGUUGGUGCAGCACCGGCACAAACCGACCCGAGCCCUCUCCGGCGGCAUGAAGAGGAAGCUGUCCGUCGGCAUUGCUUUCCUGGGCGCGUCGAGGACCGUGGUCCUGGAUGAGCCCACCAGCGGGGUGGACCCUUGCUCCCGUCGUGGCAUCUGGGACGUCCUCCUCAAGUACCGAGAAGGUCGGACGGUCAUCUUCAGCAGCCACCACCUGGACGAGGCCGAGGCGCUGAGUGACCGCGUGGCCGUGCUGCAGCGGGGGCGGCUCCUGUGCUGGGGGCCCCCCUCCAGCCUGACGCAGGCUCACAGCCAGGGGCUCCGCCUGACGCUCACAAGGCAGCCUUCCGUUCCGGAGGUGGACAACCCGAAGGACACAGCUUGCGCCACGUCUCUGAUCCAGACCUACAUCCCACGAGCAUCCCUCCGAGGCUGCAGCGGGGGCGAACUGAGCUACGUGAUCCCCAAGGAUGCAGACAGAGCCUGCUUCAGGGGGCUCUUCCAGGCCCUGGACCAGAACCUUCAGCACCUGCACCUGACAGGCUACGGGAUCUCAGACACCACCUUAGAAGAGGCGUUUCUGAAUCUUCUGCAAGAUUCCAGGAAGCCGUCUGAGGCUGCCCCAAGGAUGGAUGUAGAGCCUCCAGAGCCUUCUCCUGGUCACUAUGGUGCGCGUGCCAGGACCCCCCUGGUGCAGGGUAGUCCCCUGCUCCUGGCACAGAUGGCGGCUCUCCUGGUGAAGCGGCUUCGCCACGCGGGCCGGGCCUGGAAAGGCACUGUCGCCAACCUGCUGCUGCCGGUCCUCUUCGUGGCCUUGGCAAUGGGCUUGUUCAUGGUGAGGCCUUUGGCUGUGGACUACCCGCCCCUCAAACUGACACCUGGCCAUUAUGACAGGGCUGAAACUUACUUUUUCAGCAGCGAGUGCGAUGACCUGGGACUCGCCCGCGUGCUUUUGCGCCAGUUUGGGGAUGCGUCCUGUGCUGAUGGAAACCCAGAGCUGGACAAUUCUUCCUGCUGGCGCUUGGACCCCUCCUCUCACCUGGAAGCCCGGAAGCUCUGUGGCUGCCUGACCUGCCCCAACGGAAGCACCAGGGCUCCCUACCUGACCAACGGCCUGGGCCACCGGCUGCUGAACCUUUCGGGCCUCCACCUGGAAGAGUAUUUGCUGGCGCCAACGGAAAAGCCAAGGCUCGGAGGCUGGUCUUUUGGAGUACGGGACCCCGGUCAAGGUCAAGACGCACACUCGAAUGUAUCAAAGCCAAAACCUCUGGCAAAGGUGUGGUACAAUCAGAAGGGUUUCCACUCCCUGCCUUCCUACCUAAAUCAUCUAAACAACCUCAUUUUGUGGAGGUUCUUACCCCCUGGCGUGGAUUGGAGGCAGUACGGAAUAACGCUCUACAGCCACCCGUACGGAGGGGCCUUGCUGAACGAGGACAAGAUCCUGGAGAGCAUCCGCCAGUGCGGCGUGGCCCUCUGCAUCGUGCUCGGCUUCUCCAUCCUGUCUGCGUCUGUCGGCAGCUCCGUGGUGAGGGACAGGGUGACAGGAGUCAAGAGGCUGCAGCACAUCAGUGGCCUGGGCCACAGGACGUACUGGUUCACUAACUUCCUGUUUGACAUGCUGUUGUACUUGGUCUCCGUCUGCCUCUGUGUUGCCGUCAUCGCCGCCUUCCAGUUAACGGCGUUCACCUUCCGCCAGAACCUAGCGGCCACGGCCCUCCUGCUGGCCCUUUUCGGGUACGCGAGCCUCCCGUGAAUGUACCUGAUCUCCAGAAUCUUUUCCAGUUCCGACGUCGCCUUCAUCUCCUACAUCUCCUUGAACUUCAUCUUUGGCCUCUGCACCAUGCUGAUGACGGUCAUGCCACGGCUGCUGGCCAUCGUCUCCAAGGCUCAGCAUUUACAGAACAUCUAUGACGCCCUCAAGUGGGUCUUCACAGUUUUCCCUCAGUUCUGUCUGGGUCAGGGGCUGGUCCUGCUCUGCUACAAUCAGAUCAAAUACGACCUGACCCACAACUUCGGCGUCGAUUCCUACGUGAGUCCCUUUGAGAUGAACUUCCUGGGCUGGAUCUUCGUGCAGUUGGCCGUGCAAGGCACGGUCCUCCUCCUCCUAAGGAUGCUCCUGCACUGGGACCUUUGGCAGCGGUCCAGGGGCCACUCUGCCAUUCAGGGCACAGUCACAUCCUCUCAGGACAUAGACGUUGAAAAAGAGCAAAUGAGGGUGUUGAAAGGCAGAACCUCUGGAGACAUCCUGGUGAUAUGCAACCUCAGUAAAAGUUACACAAGUUUCUUCAGGAGAACCACGGCUGUGCAAGACAUUAGCUUGGGCAUACGGAGGGGAGAGUGCUUUGGGCUCCUAGGGGUGAACGGCGCUGGAAAGACCACCACUUUCCGAAUGCUGAACGGGGACCUCCGGCCGACCUCAGGACACGCAGUCGUCAGGACUCCGAUGGGAGAGGACGUGGACCUGUCGCUUGCCGGCGCAGCAGGUGUCCGCAUUGGCUACUGUCCACAGCAGGACGCCCUGGAUGAGCUCCUGACUGGCUGGGAGCACCUGCAUCAUUACUGCAGCCUGCGCGGGAUUCCAAAGCAGUGCAUCCCCCAGGUGACUGCCGAUCUCGUGAGGCGCCUCCACCUGGAAGCCCACGUGGACAAACCCGUGGCCGCCUACAGCGGGGGCACCAAGCGGAAGCUGUCCACAGCUCUGGCCCUGCUGGGGCAACCCGACCUUCUCUUUCUGGAUGAGCCCAGCUCCGGGAUGGACCCCUGCUCUAAGCGCCACCUGUGGGACGCCGUGAUGAAGGAGGUGCAGGAGGGCUGUGCCGUGGUGCUGAGUUCCCACAGCAUGGACGAGUGCGAGGCUCUGUGCACGAGACUGGCCGUGGUGGUGGACGGCAGCUUCAGAUGCCUGGGUUCCCCACAGCACAUCAAAAACAGGUUUGGUGAUGGUUAUACAGUCAAGAUUUGGCUCUGUAAGGAUGCAAACCAACACAGCGCUAUUUCUGACUUCUUGAAGCUCUAUUUUCCAGGAAUCCAGUUUAAGGGGCAGCACCUUAAUUUAUUGGAAUAUCUUGUGCCCAAAAGGUGGGGAUGCUUGGCGGACCUGUUCACUGUUCUAGAGACCAAUAAACACUCCCUGCGUAUCGAACACUACUCCGUUAACCAAACCGCUUUGGAACAGGUAUUUAUUAAUUUUGCGACUGAGCAGCAAACCCCACCAGCUUGUCCUGAUCUGUCCGCUGACCAACACUGCCCACAGCAUCUGCCUAUCUAGGCACUAAUGAAGACAUUUGUCAGGGAAAUUAAGCCUUGUCAUUUGUUAUAAUUAAUAUUCAAAGAUCAGAGGAGCGAGUGGGCAGCAGCGGAGCAGGAAGAUAGUCAAAUUUCCUUCUCUUCUCCCUUUUCUACUUUGAAACUCUUUGCUAAUUAAUAACUUCUUUUCUGCAGACUUUGGAGCAGUUUCUCUGAUUUAGUUACUUUCUUUGCCAAGCCCAGGUGGGGCCAGCUUCCUGGGACACAGGCAGGAAGGGACUGACCUCCUUCUGGAGCUGGAAAGGCCAUCAGAGGCUGCCCGUGUCAGGUAGUCCAUGUGACGUUUAAGAAAACCAAGGCCCCCAACUUACUAGUAUAGGGAAUAGUACCAGAAUUUUUUCUAUUUUUGUCAUCUUUCUACUAGAUCAUGCUUACACGUGUCUAAAUAACGAUUCAGUGAUUUAAAUGCACACUUUCUCUAAUCCUAGAUGACAUUAUAAUGUGGUAUAAGAUGAAAACAUACCUUUUUUUUUG